UACAAUUAGAAACCAAACAAGAUGUAAGGCUGUAACCAGUGAAUCGUAGUUGAUAGUACAAGUAUUGAACACCAAAAACAUAAAGAUGCACUGUACUCAUAGUCACAUACUGAUACAAGUAAAAAAAACGUCAACCUAGUUAACCAUGAAACAACUGAAAACAAACAUUAUUAUUUAAUUCUAUUAAUACCAAAUAAAGUAUCAUCUCCACUUCCUUAGUUCCUUCCCUUCUCUUUGUUUGCCCAUCCCUCCACACUCCCCCAAUUCCACUACACACUGCUAUUCACUUUCUUUCUCCUUUAAAUCCACCAAACAAACACCCCUUUUCUCUCUCCUCUUCUUCAUCUUUCUUUGUCCGCAAUGUAGAAUCAAAGCCAAACUCAAACUCAAAUUCCUAAAUCAAUGGCCAAGUGUCAUCCUCCUCAAAACGACGUCGGAUCUCUCAUCCUCAACCACUCUUCUUCUCCUCAUCACCACCAUUGCCGUCUCUGGAACUCCUUCUCCCUCCGCAAACUCCUCGCCACCGUCAGCUGCGGCGGCGCCGCCAUUUCCAAACCUCAAAAGCCCAAAAACUCCCACCACUCAAAUACCCAAAUCAACAAACCCAGCCCACCAACCAAUGGGUCCUCAUCUCGGGCCGGGUCGGGCAAACUCGCGGAUCUCCUCAACCUAUCUUCAUCCUCAUGCUCUUCCGAGAGGAGAGAGAAAGUGGAACAAAAUGUGGAAGAUGUGAAGAAGAAGGAAGAGAGGUUAGAGGAGUUAAGAAUGGCGGUUAAAUUGUUACAUUCAGAGGAGAGAGAAAAUGGGGCUAAGUUUGUCAGAAGUUUCGCCAAGGAAGAUGCCGAAGCUCGCUCUACUUUAGCUAUGCUUGGCGCUAUUCCUCCUCUGGUCGCCAUGCUUGAUAAUGAUAAUGAUGAUGAUGAUCAGCCUCUCAUUCAAGCUCUUUAUGCCCUUCUUAAUUUGGGCAUUGGCAAUGAUUUGAAUAAAUCUGCUGUAGUUCAAGCCAGGGCGGUACAUAAGAUGCUAAAGAAGAUUGAGUCCUCAAAUGGGUGUCUUAACUCGGCUGUUUCCGAAGCCAUUGUCGCGAAUUUCCUUGCCUUGAGCGCGUUAGAUUCUAAUAAGCCCAUCAUUGGAACAUCCGGGGCAAUUUCUUAUCUAGUUAGCGUGCUAGAGGAUACCGAGAAAAAGGCUAGCUUGCAAGCAAGGCAAGACUCACUUAGAGCACUAUACAAUCUUUCUAUUACACCCUCGAAUAUUGCCUUGAUUCUUGAGACUAAUUUGAUUCAGUAUCUUGUGAGCAUGUUGGGAGAUAUGGAAAUGAGUGAGCGUAUCCUUUCGAUAUUAAGCAAUGUAGUUUCGAUCUCGGAAGGGAGGAGGGCAAUUAGCAAUGCCCCGGAUGUUUUCCCUAUAUUGAUCGAUGCUUUGAAUUGGUCAGAUUCACCAGGGUGCCAAGAAAAGGCCUGCUACGUAAUAAUGGUGAUGGCGCAUAAAUCUUAUAGCGAUAGGCAGAAUAUGAUAGAAGCUGGGGUUGGAUCAGCAUUGCUCGAAUUAACCCUUUUAGGUAGCACAUUAGCACAGAAAAGGGCAUCAAGGAUAUUGGAAUGUUUGAGGGUAGACAAGGGGAAGCAGGUCUCUCGGAGCUUUGUUAACAAUAAAACCACAGCGGCUGUUUCCGCCCCUAUAUGUGGGUCGUCCUCAUCUACCGCCAAUGUUAAUAAGGAAGAGGAAGAUAUGAUGAUGAGCCAAGAGAAAAAGGCGGUAAAGCAAUUAGUCCAGCUGAGUUUACAGAAUAAUAUGAAAAGGAUUGUGAAGAGGGCUAACUUGCCCCAAGAUUUUGUUCCUUCGGAGCAUCUCAAGUCUCUCACAGUGAGUUCAACAUCGAAGAGCUUGCCCUUUUGAGAUCAUUGAAGAUGAGAUAUUUCCCGAGCAGUAAGAGUUAGUGCUCUCUCCCAUUUUCCUUAAAUCAAUGUUCAUGUGCAGCAUGUAAUGGUGGCAUUAUACUGAUAUCAUAUGUUCAUAUAGAUUAGCUAUGUUUUGUAUCCAUGUUUGGCUAGCGUAAUACUAGACAUUUUCGUACGAUUUAGCAUUUUGGUUGUUAAGAGCCAUUAAGAGGAUCAUUGUAUAGUAGAGUCCUUAUCACUAGUGAAUGAUGAAAAGAAUAAAUUUCAAUAGCACAAUCUUUCAUUUUCUUC